AUGCAUGCAAGUCAUUUCAAUGGAGGUACUAUUAGCUGGGCACCUAUUGAUCCUUAUGCUAAUUCAUCUUCAGUUGUCAUAACUAUUACACAAAGUUAUUCAUGGACUUAUCCUACUGUGUCCUGUACAACAAAUGUUCCAGUCUCAAGUGGUAAAACAAAUGCAAAUCUUACAUGCAUCGCUAAUUGUUCAACUGAUGGUGGCUAUUCAAGUGCACCUAUCGAAAUUCUAACUGAUUGUACUUCUUAUAGUUCUACAUUAGGCACAGUAUCAAGUGAACGAUCAGUCAAUAUUACACUUAAUACUAGUGCAUAUUUUUAUAUAGCAUAUAGAGGAAGUGCUUGGAGAGAUUUAUAUGCUACUUCAACAAGUGAUCUUGAUUGGUCUAUUGUAUCUUUAAUUGAUCUUCGUUUACGACCUGAUGGUAUAAUUAAUACUCCACCAGUAGCAAAUAUCCUUUCACCUCAAUAUGUUAUUGUAAAUACAACAACUCUCAUUGAUAUAUCUACGUCAGAUGUCAAUACAGGUGAUGAUGUACGUUGUCGAUGGGCAGUCAAUAAAGGCAAUGCAUCAUUUAAUGAAUGUAGUGAGAUAUGUUAUUCAAGUCGUUUACCAAAUGAUACAACUCUAUCCAAUUGUACUAUUUCAUUUACAGGACUAAUAUCAAAUACCUGGUAUCCUAUUGCUGUACAGGUGGAAGAUUUUAUCAAUGAAACAAGUACGGAACCAUUGAGUUCAGUACCAGUUCAGAUUUUAAUUUAUGUUCAAGCAACACCAUCAUGUACAAUAUUGCCUACCAUUGUUUCUAUGACAGAUUGUUUAGAAGUUCAAGUUGGUGUAACAACAAAUUUUACUCUAUAUGUAACAAAUUUAUGCAAUUCCAGUGCAACAAUCACUGAAGUUAUUAUAUCAAAAAAAAUUUCUGGUAUGACAGCUGGUAAUGUGAAAAAUUCGACAACCAAUACAUUAUCAUAUAUACAAUUAACUUGGACACCACAAUCUAGUCAAAUUGGAACACAAGUCAUGUGUGCAUAUGCAUAUAAUAGUUUAUUGGUACGUUCAACACAAUAUUGUGUAACAUUCACAGUCACAACAUCAUCUCCAAAUUGUCCGACAACAACAGUCGCUGGAGCUUCAACGACAACAGUACCAACAAAUAAUAAUAACAUGAACAUUCCACUGAUUGUUGGUUUAUCAUUGUUAGGAUUAUCACUAGCAUUAUGCUGUUGUUGUUGUUGGCUCUAUCAUUUUUUCUGGGGUGCUGCAGCAAGGCGUCGUCGAGGAGGAAAACAACAAGAAAGAAUUGAACAACAAAAGUGUUCUCAAUUACUGCCAUCAUUCAUUAAUCGAAAUCUUCCAUUCCAAACAUUGAAUAACAAUUAUUUAUUUCGCAAGAUAUCAAAUAAUCAAGAUAGUAUAGAUGCUCUUCGUUUAAGUGCACCGACAUCAUUCUUAAGCCUAUCAAAAAAUCAGAUAUCUUUUACCGUUAGUGAAAAUGACAGAAACCAUAAUAUCGAUUAUCAUCACAACAAUAGUAUUACUAAAAAUGCUCGAAAACAACUAUCAACGGUUGACAACAGUGCGCAACUCAAUGAUACUCACAAAAAAGAUAGAAGUAAUACUAUUAAUACAACUAAUAAUAUAAGUGGAGAUAUAACUAUUGAAGAUGUGGAUGCAUCAAUGUAUUACGAUGAACCUAUGCAUGUUAUUAAACCGAAUGAAGAUGAAACAUCAGCCGUUCAAAAACCUCAAUUAACAAAACUUAAUUCUCUUGAAGCCGUAAAACGACGACAAAGUCGAUCGAUAAAAGAACACGUUCCUAGUCAACCAAUCACAGAAGAACGUUCAUCAAGAAUCGGUAGUAUUACCGUUACCCGAGUGAGAAGUUUCUCUAAGAAUAAUAAAUCAAGAAAAAGAAAUGAAACAACUAUAAUUCAUGACAAUGAUGGAGAACAUACAAACGACAAAAUAAAUGCUACAUCAGAUUCACAUAAAAAGCAAAAAAUUCGAUCACGUAGAUCAAGACAUCGAAAAAUUAAUGUCAAUGUGAUGAAAUGA